GAUUGAAGGGGUCAGAGACAGGUAAGAGAUGAUGAAUAAAGUGAUUGUAGCAGUUUCAUAGUCAUGAUAAAGGUUAUAAGCCCCUAAAAUAAACAUCCUUCCAUUUUUUACUCAGCCUUAUGUUGUUUUAAGACACAACAGCUUUUUAUUUUCCGAUCAGGAACCAAAGGGGUCAUGUAUGGUUUAUUACAUUCAUAUUUAGAAUCAGUGCAGGUUGUUGUUAGUUUAUGAAUUGGGUUAUGCAUGCUACAAGCGAAAAGUACAGUCUGACUCGUAUAAAUAUAAUUAUCAUAUAAAUUGUUAGUAUUCAUUAAACUUUGAAUAUACAUAUAAUAUACAUAAACUUUAAUUCAAGAUACACAAUAAUAAAUAAUAGUGAUAAAUAAAUGUUAUAUCUUUAUAUCUGUACAAGAGUUUUUUGUUUGUCUGUUUGUUUUUUUAGAUUAAAUAAAAAUCAGAAGGGCUUGGAACUAUAUAGAAGAGUAAUGUAUAGCCUACAUUCAUUUAUUAAUAGUAAUACUGGUCCUAGUUUGCAAAAAGGCAUCACAAUGCUUUCUUCACAUCAUCACUGAGGGCUAAGCCCCCAUAAGAAUGAAAUCCUAGAACCGCCCCUGAGCACCAGCACUUUAUUUUAUAAGACCAUCCCCAAAUAAGGCUACCCCAAAACUGCUUAAGGGCAGCUUUACAUCCAACAGUUUAGUCUUGAUGGCUGACAAGGAAACUGAAACAUUUUAAGCUUGUCCUUGCACGCAUACAAAGAAAAAACAAUAUAACAGUAUUUAAAUAAUAGCAGGUAUAACCUUUAAUAGAGUUAAGAGGUUGCUUGAGUUGCAUUCAGACGACUAAGGAAUAUCAGAUACAAUACAAAUGAUGAAAUCAGAGACACAAACCCACAACUAUCCAGAACUGAGAAAUAAAAACAACAGAAUGCCACAGAUAUGCACCCUGUCCCAUUUCUUUACUGUGGCAGUGCUGGAGAUCGAUGAUAAAAUAAAUGUGUAGCUGACCCAAUCUGAAUGUCUAUGAGAAAACAACUACAAAGGAAAAGGGGUGUUAUGAAAUGGUUUUGGUAAAUGAUUGCUUUUGACAAUAUACCCAUCCCAUCCUGAAUUCCCCUGCUGGUUGCUGUUGGAUUUAAGGCCAGGUAUCUCUUUCCCAAAAAAAUGUUCACGAGCUCAGGAAAACAGUUGCUUUAGGCUAUUUUUUUUAACUAAACCAAAUUAAAACCUUUUAUUUUUUAAUUUAACACAUGGCAAUGCUAUUUAUCACACAUAAUAAAAAUCAUGCAAAAUAAAUUUGCUUGAGUUUGCAGUAAUGUGAAUAAGAUUGAGUGGGAUCAGUGAGUGCGUGUGAUGUCACAGCAGUCCCCUGGAGAUCGUAGGCUAUUGAGACUGCACGCGCAGGAUGCUGAGCUGUUAGAGCUGCAUUUAAACAGUAUGGACAGCUCUAUUUCGCCAACCUUGCAUGUAUUUCAGCAUAUAUAAAGAGCACAAGUCUGUUACCAAACGCUGCAAAAGAAAACACAUCAGCCUAGCGAUGGAGUGUCUUCUUCAUUCACCUGGCAGGACUCGGGAUGAGUACCGGCAUCAGGCGGCGCGUCCUUCAUCACAGCUGCUCUCGAGGAGUGCGUUUACCUUUGGGUCGACAACACAAACGAGAGGAAAUGAAUUCGGGCAUGAUAGUUUAGAUGUUUCAAACUUAUUGGCAGGUGGGAUGAGGAAAACGAGUGAGAAAGAGUUACUGCAGGGGCUCAAUGACCGCUUCGCCGGAUUCAUCGAGAAGGUUCAUCACCUGGAGAACCACAACAGAGCCCUGGAGAGAGAGAUUGAGAUUAUUAGACACACGGCCAAAUCCUCAACCUCUCUGUCUAAAGAGUAUGAAUCUGAACUGGACGACCUGAGGCGACAGGCUCGUGAGGUGAGCCUUCAAAAGCAUCAGAUAGAGAUCACACGUCAAAACCUGGAGGAUGAGUUCAACACUUUACGGGGCAGGUACGAUAAAGAGACUCGUGACCGAGCUGAUGCUGAGGAAAAAAUCUCAGUGAUGAAGAAAUGCAUCAAUGAGGCAAAUUUAGCCAAACAAGAGAUGGACAGGAAAGCAAAAGCACUUGAAGGCGAGAUCGGCUUCUUGCAGUCAAACCAUGAGAGUGAGGUAACCGAGUUAAUGGUGCAGAUUCAGGACAGUCAGGUGACAGAAAAGCGUGAUUUUGGUAUUAGUGAUGUCACUGCGGCUCUGAGGGACAUCAGGGUGAAGCUCGAAGGUCACACCGCUUCUGACACCCGAUACAUCGAAGAGCGCUAUCGCACACAGCUCGGCAAACUGACUAAAAGUGCUGAGGUGAACAGAGAAGCACUUAUGGCCACUAAAGCAGAGAUAAAUGAACACAGAAGACAACUGCAGUCCAAACACAUUGAGCUCGACUCUGUGAAAGGUGUGAGAGAAGCUUUGGAGAAGCAACUUUAUGAUCUUGAGCAGCGACACAAUGCUGAAAUCCACCAUUAUCAGGACACAAUAAGAGAGCUGGACUUCGAGCUGAAAAAUGCUAAAUAUGAAAUGAGCAGCCAUCUCAGAGAGUACCAGGAUCUUCUCAAUGUGAAAGUGGCACUAGAUGCUGAAAUUUAUUCAUACAGACAACUUUUGGAAGGUGAAGAGUCGAGGUACUCUACAGUCUCAGAUGCAGACAUUUCAGUACCAUACAUUUACAGACAGUCACCCAUCUAUACUCUCCCUUGCGUCAAAAGACAGGGGGGAGGUCGCAAAGCAGAGCCUCAGUACAAAUUUGUUGAAGAGAUUAUUACAGAGACAACCAGAGAAGAUGUGGAGAUAUCAGACACUGGGUCUGACAAGACCGGGGAGGGUGACAUGCCAGAGGAGGAAACCAGUGAGAAAGAUAAUGAAGACCAGACUUUACCAGAAGAUAAUGAUGGAGAACCAGAAGACGGCAGGGAGGACAGCAGAGGUAGCCAAAAAGUAGAGACAGAAGAAACUGAAGUCAAACCGACUGAUAAAAGUGAUGAAGAUACAAAAGACACAGCAGGUGAACACAUGACAGGUGUUUCUGAGGAACAUCAGGAAAUGGACACUGAUUCUACACCAAUUAAAGACAAGUCUCCUACAAAAAACAAAGAUGACAAAAUAGAAACAAAGAGCACACAGAGCAAAGAUCUAAAGGAUGACAUGAAGGAGAAAUCAGAAACAGCACAGUCACAUCUAUCUGGACAAGAUGAUGUAAAGACAGAAAAAAUAGUUAGAGAGGCAGAGAAAGAGGUCCCAAAAUUAGAUAUGACAGAAGAAAAGGAAGUCAAACCGACUGAUAAAAGUGAUGAGGAUACAAAAGACACAGCAGGUGAAAACAUGACAGAUGUUUCUGAGGUACAUCAAGAUAUGGACACUGACUCUACACCAACUCAAGACAAGUCUCCUACAAAAAACAAAGAUGACGAAAUAGAAACAAAGAGCACACAGAGCAAAGAUCUAAAGGAUGACAUGAAGGAGAAAGCAGAAAUAGCACAGUCACAUCUAUCUGGACAAGACGAUGUAAAGACAGAAAAAUUUGUUAAAGAGGCAGAGAAAGAGGUCCCAAAAUUAGAUCUGACACAAGAAAAAGAAGUCGAACCGACUGACAAAAGUGAUGAUGAUACAAAAGACACAGCAGGUGAACACAUGACAGGUGUUUCUGAGGUACAUGAGGAUAUGGACACUGAUUCUACACCAAUUCAAGACAAGUCUUCUUCAAAAAACAAAGAUGACAAAAUAGAAACAAAGAGUGCAAAAGAUCUAAAGGAUGACAUGAAGGAGAAAGCAGAAAUAGCACAGUCACAUCUAUCUGGACAAGAUGAUGUAAAGACAGAAAAAUUAGCGAAAGAGGCAGAGAAAGAGGUCCCAAAAUUAGAUCUGACAAAGGAGCUGUCAGUAGUAAUACCAGAAAAAUCUGAUCCUAUACCCGCGGACAAAACAUCUCAGGAGCCACAGAAAGAGGUCCCAAAAUUAGAUAUGACAGAGGAGCUGUCAGUAGUACUACCAGAAAAAUCUGAUUCUAUACCGGAGGACAAAACAUCUCAGGAGCCACACGAUCCUGAAACAACAGCUCAAGUAAACAAUAAACCCAGUGAGCAGACUGUUGAGGUUGCUUCUCAAGGACCCAAAGAUGAUGGACACAAAGAUGCUGCAGUCAUAGUCAUAUCUCAGGAAUCUAAGACUGCAGACAAAGAGAAAGAAACAACUCCAGAGAAAUCUGUAGAGAUGGACACUCCCACACUGGACCCAGAGCCAGCACCCGAAAAUGCUGAGAAUGGACAAAAGACAACUUCUGGACACAAAGAGGACAUGAAGGACAAGAACAUAAGUUCCCCAGAAAAGGAGAUUACAGGCACUGUCAAAGUAGAAGCUGGAAAAUCUGAGCGUAUGGAUCAAGAGGAUACAAGCAAAAUAGCAGUAGAUGAGAAAGAGGUUCAAUCAAAAAAGGAGGAAAAGAAACAAACAGUUAAAAAAUCUACCAAAGAAGAAGAGAGCAAAGCUGAUAAACUAAAAGACAGUGUGAAAACUGAAAAAGACGAAAGUGUCGAUUUAGAAGCAUCAGAAAAAACACAAGAGGAACUUUCAAAAGUCACCGAAGAAAUAUCAAAGCCUGAAAAGUCAAAGAAACAAGAGGACAGCAAAGACAGCAGCAUUGACGGUGCGAAACCAAGCCAAGGAGAAACAAAGAAGGUUGAUGAAACCAAGAAGGUUGAUGAAACUAAGAAGAUUGAUGAAAACAUGAAGGUUGAUGAAACCAAGAAGGUUGAUGAAACCAAGAAGAUUGAUGAAACCAAGAAGGUUGAUGAAACCAAGAAGAUUGAUGAAACCAAGAAGGUUGAUGAAACCAUGAAGGUUGAUGAAACCAAGAAGGUUGAUGAAACCAAGAAGGUUGAUGAAACCAAGAAGAUUUAUGAAACCAUGAAGGUUGAUGAAACCAUGAAGGUUGAUGAAACGCAGAGUUAUGAAACCCCUAAAUCCAAGGAACCUGAUGCAAAGCCGGUAGAAAAAGAAACUCAGGAGAGCAAAGUGAAGACACCUGACAAAGCUGAAGCACCUCAUUCUGACAGUGGAAACACCAAAGAUAUAAAAAGUGAAGAAACUGUCCCAAAAGAAACCAAACAGACAGAAUCAGCAAAAUCUGAUACAGCAAUAAAAUCAGAUGUCAAAGCUCUGGAGAAGACAGAGCAGGUCAAAGAAAACAGCGAGGAGGACAAAAUAAACAUCAAAAGUCCCGGAGAAACAAAUAAAUAAGAGAUGAAAAGCAGAACCAAUGACAGCGAAGAAUGUUAAAAUAAGCAACCCUGAGGAAUGUAUUAUGAUUGCACGAUUAUCUUUAAUUAAGCAUAAAAUUUAGGAACUGCGACCUUAAAUAGGUGUUUGAUGCUUGUGUACUGUACACUGUAAUCUACAUGUACAGAGAAUGUGGAAAUAAUGAGGAAUGAACAAUCUUUUUUUGGUACAUCCCUUGCCAUGAUCAGUCAAAUGUAUGUAUGUAAAUCAGUGCAAUAAUAUAGAAUAAAUAUUUCAGCAUAUCA